CCAGGCGUGGUGGAGCGAGACUUGUGUAUACGCAUGAAGAUGGACGAGUGUAUAUAACAUGUCGUGCGUGAGUCACAUCUACAGUGUGAUGCAAAUAUGUGGUAGUGAUCGGUGCUGAAAAUGGCCGAGUAACGUGUACAUAGUUCAACAUAGCUUUGUCGCAAAGUUCAGCGAUCCUUGCUUGAGAAAUAAUUUCGUACAGUGUUACGACGGAACAUGAUCUUACGCGUGUGUAAAUAGUGAAUUGUUUAUUCUCGAUUGACAGAUCUAACGAACUUGAGCUGUGCAACGUUGUCGACUCAAUAGCGGCUAUUUUCCGGCGGAUUUCGCACUAACGUGAGAGGGAAACGGUGCCUAGACUACGCACCUAGAUUAGAGAUAAUGUAAAGCAAAAAGCAAAUCUCAUCGCGGGACGUUAAAUCGUCUUACCGCGAGAUGCGAACACAGUCGAGAGCAGCGGUCGGUAUCGAUCAGGCAGUGACAGCAACGAAUGGAUGGGUUAUUUUAUUGUACUGAAAAAGAUUAUCACGACGCAUUUCUCACGUGCAUUUGUUCUGCAGUAGCGCGUCUGCAUCGUAGUCGUAUUGAAUUUAAUUUAAUAUUUGUUUUACACAAUAUUGAAGAAGAUUGUCAGCAAUGGGUCGUGCUUCUUUUAUCUAUAUCAUCAGCAGUUUGAACAAAACAAUUAAUUGAGAAGUGUAACUUAGAGCUUACAAAGAUGCGGGAGUGGUGUGGCACGGUCCCCUGGUAUCCAGCAGGGAUCUGAAAAAAUGAAAUAAAAUAAUGUGAACUAUCUAUGUAAAUUGACAUUGUUUUAAGCGCACCAUAUGUUAAAGUGUUGAAAAAUAAUGAUUAUUGAGCUCUUUUGAGUGCAGAAGUUAUAUAUUUUACUAUAUGUUUAAUGGGCAAUUGUUAAUAACUACAGUUUGUACAGUAAAGAGUAUUGAUUUCAGUGUGUUUAAAUUGUAAUAAUAGUUUAGUGUUACAUCUAAGUAUAUCACAAUACACUGCCAAAAUGUCAUUUUUAUCAAAUCUGAAGAAAGCAUUCCACUUUGGUGGUAAUGAUGCGAAAAAGAAAAAAUUGUACAACAACAUCAAAAUGGACUGUAAUCCCGAGGAGUUUUGGGAGAUGAUAGGAGAAUUAGGUGAUGGUGCAUUUGGUAAAGUUUAUAAGGCGCAGCAUAAGCAAACUAAUCAGCUUGCUGCUGCAAAGAUGUGUGCAUUGGAAGGUGAAGAUGAUCUUAGUGAUUUUAUGAUUGAGAUAGAUAUUUUGUCAGAAUGCAAACAUCCUAAUAUUGUUGAAUUGCAUGAAGCUUAUUUCAUUGAAGGAAAAUUAUGGAUGUUAAUCGAAUAUUGUGAUGGUGGUGCUGUGGAUUCCAUAAUGGUUGAACUGGAAAAAGCUCUAACAGAAAUGCAGAUAGCAUACAUCUGUCAGUAUAUGACUAAAGGCCUUGCCUUUUUACACAAAUCCAAAGUUAUACACAGGGAUUUGAAGGCUGGAAAUGUCUUACUGACUAUGGCAGGGGGUGUUAAAAUAGCUGAUUUUGGAGUAUCUGCAAAAAACAAACAUACUCUGCAGAAACAUGAUACAUUUAUUGGUACUCCUUAUUGGAUGGCGCCUGAAGUUGUUUUAUGUGAAACGUUCAGGGACAAUCCUUAUGAUUUCAAAGUCGAUAUCUGGUCUCUUGGUAUAACUCUUAUAGAGUUUGCACAAAUGGAACCACCAAACCACGAAAUGUCGCCGAUGCGAGUGUUACUUAAAAUACAGAAAAGCGAUCCGCCGAAAUUGGAUCAGCCUGGGAAAUGGAGUAAGGAAUUUAAUGAUUUUAUUGCUAAAGCACUUAUAAAGGAUCCGACUUCACGACCUACAGCUGACGAUUUGUUAAAACAUCCGUUUAUAAGCCGAAAUUUAGAUUCAAAACCUGUUCGAGAUCUAUUGCUUGAAUAUAAGGCAGACGUUGUCGAAGAGGAGCUUGUAGAUGAGGAAGCGGAGGAGCAGCGUACGUCUCAGCUUCCUCUGGAGCUGGAUCAAAUCACAGAUGACUCCACUCCUACGCGCCCUGAUGCCGAUGUUAAGAUUGCCGAAAAAGAAAAUCUUGUGACAUUGCCUGCGCCAGUGAAGAAAGAAGAAAGUAACAAGCGUGAAAUAAACCGCGAUGGCGAGAAAGAGGACAAGAACAAGAGAUUACGUAAGGCUGAAUCCAAAGAGAACAUACAGCCUCCCGAGAAGAAGCAGGCACCUAAACCACCAAACGAAAUAAGUGAACGUAGAUUAUCUCGAGAUAAAGGACCGGCACCCCCACCACCACCCAUGCGUCAAGAUAGCGAAGAAAAGAAGAAGAAAGACGAAGAAAAGGAAAAUACUUUGAAGAAUAUUGAGAAAAUCAACAUCGUGGAACUUGCGGACAAAUUCAAAUCUACUGAUAACAAAUCGCAAGAUGAGAAUAUCAUGGCUCAACAAGUGACUAAUAUUAAAGAGCAAAAGAAUUCAGAAAUAAACAAUCAAACGCAAACUGAAGUAGACAGUUCUGAAAAAAUAAAAUUAGAAAAUGAAGAGAAUAGUAUAUUUUUCGAUAACAUAAAAAAAUUCGAGGAUCAUCAGAAAUUAAUAAAUAAUAAAUCAAGUCCCGCUACGAGAAAACAAUUAGGAAUAAAUGAAAAACGCAAGUCGGCACCAGUAAAACCAGAAAUGAUUGAAGAUUUAUCUGCAGUAAUAUAUAAACAGUCAUCUUUAGAAGAUAAGGAUAAAAACAGAAAUAAACUGUUAUCCGUGGAUGACGUAACAAAAUUGCAAUCUCAAGAAAGAGAGGACUUUAAGAGUUUAGAAGUUAAGCGAAAAUCCAUUGGAGAAAAACUGAACGCUGUAUUGGAGAAGCGAUUAUCCAUAGAUUCUGCGAGAAAAAUAAAUGACGGUUCAAUAGAAACGUUGAAGCACACAUCUGUCGCAUCGACGUAUCUGUCAGAGAAAAAUAUCAAAGCUAGUUCAACAGAGGACGAUAAAACUCAGUUUGGUAUAACGAAGACUGAAAGUCCCCCAAAGAGUCACAGCGCGGGAUCGUCUAGAAACGAUUCUUUAGAAAGCUUCUCUGACGAAUUGCCCGUUAAAACGGAUAACAAUAAUAGAACAGAGCAUAAUCAUGAAGACACAAUGACUGACGACAAGACCUCGGAGAAACAAGAUUCGGGAAUUAAUGUGUCAGUAAUUACAUCGACGCCAAUUAGAAGUAAGAACGACUCGAGGAGAAGCAGCGGGGACAACAUAGUCGUUAUUACUGGAAAAGCUCAACCUGAGCAAGAAGUACGCUUAAACACAUCGACCGUUCGUAUUACUGCCGACUCGCAAGACUUGUCAAAUAGUCUAGCGAGUAACGUAAGUCAAGUAACAGUCGUAACAACGCAUCCGCCUGUGCUAGUGGAUGCACCUCCGGCCUCAACGCUGACGAUGACGUCACCUCCUCUACGUCGCACUUCACCAACGUCAGAAGUUGUUAUCGUUGCCAAUGAAAUGAACAAGACUCAGGUGAAUGACAAUUCUAUUGACGACGAUACAUUUCCUAGUUUGGAUAGUCUAGAAUAUACGCCGCAAGAACAGCCUGUCGUACUUGCUGACGUGUCCAAAAGAAUCGGCAAGAAGUUGGACGAGUCGGAAGUAGUUAUAGUGAGUCCUAUUGUGGACGUAUUACAAGAUACCAGUCACGUUUCGGUGGUCACAGUUGGAGACGAUAAAGAACAAGUAAAGGAUUCGUCGAUGUCCAAAAAGCACAACGUUGUUCGCACCGGUUCGUCUCACAGCGAUCUGAGUUCGAAUGAGAGAUCGAGUUUGAGAAGCGAUAGCGGAGAUGAGAACGGCAAAGUGAUCGUUUCUCCUACAACCAUUGAAUCACCAGACAUGGAUGAUUGCGAGAAAAAUGCAAAGAAAAUGAAUGGACUGAUCAAGAAUGAAAUGCCACAUCACGUUGAUGAUAGGAUUAUUAAGGCGGUCAAGCAAAAAGAGGUGAACGUUAAAAGCUUCAAUAAAGAGAAACGAGUUUCUCCGGAUAGUUUUGAAGGUUCAAGAUCUCAAAGUGAUUCCAGUUCUAUAAGAUCGCACACGCCGAGCAAGAGCAUCGAUCGCUCAGACGCUGAGUCCAUCUCAACUACUAUCAGUCAAGACAGUAGGGAAUCAAACAAAGAGAAUCGUUUGAAUCAAGCUCAACACGCGGAAAUACUCGAUGAGGAAGUCGUCUUGCGCCGAAAACCCGAUUACAAUCGCGAAGUAACGUCCCGACAAACUACAAGAACAAAGGAAGAUAUACAGAUAAUGAAUCUGAAGAAGAAAACGAGAAAGCGUACAAGAAAGUUCGAGAUCGACGGUGUCGUGGUAACGACGACAACCUCGAAAGUAAUAUACGGCGACGAUGAGAACGGUAAGGUUUACGACGACCAGAUCUUUAGAAAGCAAGAGCUGCGCGAGUUAAAGAUGCUGCAAAAGAUGGAGCAAAAGCAGUUCCAGGAUUUGGCUCAGAAAGCUCAAUUCAACAAAGACCAGCAAGAGAAGCGAUUCGAACAGGAACGGCAACUUCUGGAGCGUAAUGCCGAAGCAGAUUUAGAAACACUCGCAAGACAACAGAGACAGCAAAUUGAACGUGCUGAGGCGCAGCAGGAAAUCGAUCUGCGACUGGCGUCUAAAAAAAUUCGCAGCGAACAAGAAAGAGAGCUCAAACAAUUCCGAGAAGGCCUAAAACAGGAACUAAGAUUGCUCAAGCAAGAAAUAGAUUUAAUGCCAAAAGACAAACGGAAAAGCGCAUUCAAAGUACGGAAGGAACAGCUUGAAGCAGAACACGAAGAAAGAGAAAAGCUCUUCUUGGAGAAGCUCAAUGAGAGUCAUGAGAUAUCGUUGAGACGAUUAUCGGAUAGUCAUCGUGAGAAGAUUGCAUUGAUGGAGCGACAAUUUCUGCAACAGAAACAGCAACUGAUGCGCGGCAGGGAAGCUGCUAUUUGGGAACAGGAAGAACGUCAGAUACACGAGCGGCAGCAAUUGCUCAAGAAGCAACUUAAGGAUAUAUUUUUCCUGCAGAGACAUCAGAUGCUCAUUCGACACGAGAAGGAAUUAGAACAAAUGAAGAGGAUGAAUCAGAGAAAAGAGGAAGAGUUGAUAAAACGACAGACGGUGGAACGUAGAAAUCUUCCAAAAAGAAUUCGCAACGAGAUGAAGGCGCGCGAGAUGAUGUUUCGAGAAUCAAUGAGGAUUUCGAUGUCAUCUUCGCCUACGCCGGAUCCCGAUGCCGAACGAGAAAAAUUGAAAAAAUUUCAGGAGAACGAAAAGAAAAGAUAUAGAGCUGAGCAACAGAGAUUUGAAUUGAAGCAUUCCAGACAACUCGAGGAAAUGAGAGCUCAGAGUGACGCUACUAUUAAGGAAUUGGAGCAAUUGCAGAACGAGAAGAGAAAGAUGCUGAUGGAGCACGAAACACUAAAGCUUAAAGAACAAGAAGAAGCUUAUAGCCGAGAAAUUCGGGAGUGGAAGGCGCAACUUAAACCACGAAAACAGAAAAUAGAAGCUGAUCUGGCGACUGAAAUGGAAACAUUGGAAAAGCGCUAUCAAGACUAUUUGCCUUCUUCUGGUCUUAGUGGUCUCUCUUUUCCCUUUUUCGAUUGUUCUAAAAUCACAAUUCCCGACACUUGGAAGAGAUCUCCACGCUUACCACGGUCCACUCCCACUUCUCCAUCUUUCACUAUACCUAGAGUGUCUUUAAAGAUUAGUAGUUCAGAUUCGGAUACCUUUUUGUCAAACAGCAUGCUUUCACGAAGUCACUCCAAGCCAGACUUAGUACCACCGUCCCGUAGAUAGUACCUAUCUAAAUUUUUCUUAAUAGUUUUGUUUAAGUGAUCCGAAAACAAUUUUUAACGUGUAUAAACGUGCAUAUUAUGUACGCAGUAUAAUCUUUACCAUAUAAGUUUUUCCAGCUUUUGCAAAUACUGAAUUUUUAAAACAAUUCACAUUUUGAAAUAUGUUAAAAUUAGUAUGUUUCCUAGUAAAUGCACAACUCUGCUUAUCUAGCGCUAAUUCUAAUCAGAAAUAACCAAUAUCUGCUUUAUUGAUUGCUUUAAGAUCUACUGCAAUAGUUAUUUGACCACUAUCACUAUCUUAUACAUGUAUAUUUGACCUUAGUUGUAUAAAAUGGGACCUAUGUGUGUCAAUAUAUUUAUUAUAUAAAAUGUAAUAUAUAAUUUAUUUUUCAUAUGCUUUCAAGACUAGGAGAACAAAUUAAAACACAAAUUACUUGAGAACUUUAUUAUUUGAGGUGUAUGUAAAGUUGAGUUUGUGCAGAUACAUAAACAUAUAUAUAUAUAUACAGGGUGUCCCAGAAUUGCCGUACAAUCUCUCGUAGGCAGGUAG